AUGGCAUUCGAUAGGUGGGAGGAAAUAUCGAAUUUGAAGUUUGAAAAUGUGCAAAACCCUUACAGGAAAAAGCCUGAUAUUACCAUAACUGUUAUUCGAAAAAAUCACAAUUUCCGAGCAGACUGCCAAGGCACUUCCAAGUGUCCACAUAAUUUCGACGGCCCUGGAAAAGUUUUAGCUCAUGCAUAUUUCCCAAAUGAAAACAGCAAAUGUGUCGAGAUUCAUCUUGAUGCAGAAGAAAAAUGGUAUCUUGGAAAUAGUACUUCUCCUGAUGGCCAAACUAAUUUAUUGAUGGUCCUGAUUCACGAAAUUGGACAUGCUCUUGGGCUGGGCCACAGUGGCGUCAAUACAGCUAUUAUGUAUCCUUGGUAUCAAGCAAGUCCAGCAUCAUUCGAUAUAGAUGAUAAGAGGGCGAUAGAAUAUUUGUAUGGGCAGAAAACUGAAAACUAUCAAACAAUAACAACCUCAACAACACAGACAACCGAAUCCCAAAAACCAAUAUCCCAGCACACCUCUACCACAGCUUCAUCAGUGUCGUCAAAUGAACCCCAUAACGUAGACGUUACUAGCACAACCUCAAAGCCUCAGAUAACUCCAACAAGAUUAUGCGACAUUCAAGUGCCAGACUUUAUGUUUCUAGCCACAGCACCCCAGUUUCAAAAUUAUCGAAUGAGCGCGUUCUACCGUCUGAUUGGUCGUCUGAUUAGUUCACCCUCUCUCCUGCUUCUUCAUUUGCUAGCAAUAUCUGAGGUAGCCAUCAGUGGAGUGAUUUCCUGGUGCCUUCGUUCCUACUUUCGACCUGGACACGGCUACCAGGCAGUGGGGGGCAGCGAAGUUGGUCUGGUCACCGAUGCAGGAGUCCCUGAUCAAAAAUCUCCAGCCAGAGGGUUGAGCUCGAGAUCAGCGCUGCAGGAGACGAGUUAUAUCCUGAACUUCAUGACUUCGCAUCUUUCCACUUCCCUGCCAGUGGACGAUAAGUGUAUCUGGGCUAGCGAUGGUGAGUUGCCCAAGGACGAGCAGAACCACUAA